UAUGUCUUAUGAUAAACAGAUGUUUUUAAAGACAUUUGUCUUUGUUACUUUACCGUCAGAAAAUUUCUUAUAGAAGUGGAUUAUCAGUAAAGGGUGUACAGCAAGUAUUUCUUUGGUCGACGGAACCGAAAAUACAUUCUUAUGACAAGGACAGAGGAUUCAAAUUGUGCAUGUUAGGACGUUGGAGUAAUGGCAAGAAAUAACACGUAAGGAACAAUAGAUUCGGCCCCCAAAGUGACCAGACCAUAAUUUACAAAAGUGUGCUUACAUUUAUUAUUUGUAGAUUAAAGUUGUUUUUAUGUGAAAAUGUCGACUACAGUGGACCGAGGCACAGCAAUGGAUCAUAGUCAUCUUUUAGAGAAGGAAACGGAAGCGAGGUUAAAAUUUGAGAAAGCUUGUCAACAGAUCGCACUAUUGGAUCAGAAAAUCAAGGACUUGGAGGUCAGGUAUAAACGAGCAGUAAAAAAUAAGAAAAACUCAUUCCGAUACAACCUGAGAUUGAGACUGUCUGUAGUUACAGGAGUGAAAAUGAUGUAUCAUCACCAUGCCAGCACAAAGGCAGAAGAAUUAACAAGAAUUAGAAGACAGAUUAAUAACUCUAUACAGAACUCUGAAGCAGGUCGAGACCGAGAAUCUAGAGAAAAUCUGGACUUUGUUCCUGUACGCUUGAGAAUGUCUCGAGACAGAGAGUCACGAUCAAGCCACAGUAGCCAUAGUAGUCACAGUCAUGCCAGCACAUCAGUAGAAGAAGAGGCAUUUGCUCACCACAGUGGUGGAUGUUAGUGAAUAUUAGUGCUUCAUUUUUUUUUUAAAACAAAUAAUACUCUUUGAUGGAAUUUAUUAUCUUUGAAAUUUUUGUUUGUUACAGCCAAACAAAUCUAUAAAAUAGUAUUUUAAAAGUUAGCAACAUUAUAGUAUAUAACAUGUAUGAAAUUUACAUGUAUGUGUUUGGUAUUUUGAGCUGAUAGUCAAUGUU